AGGGGGCGGGGCUUCACGGGAGUUUAAAAGGCGCGCGCGGGGCGGAGCAGCGCACUUGUCGCCGGCCAUGAGCUCGCGCCCUGACUUCUCCGCGGAUCCCGAGGCCCCGUGGACGUCCGCGCCGCUCUCCCCGGCCUGCCGCCUGCUCCGCUGGGGCCUGGGCGCCGCGGCGCUGCUGGUGGCUGUGGCCGGGGGCGCAGCGAUCGGCACCUGGGUGGUGGCUCCCUACCUCGCCGCGCCGGGCGCCAGCCCCGCGCCCAGCCGGGGGCUCCACCGGAGCUCCGCGUCGAGUGUCCAGCCGGGACCCACGGAGGAGCCGGAACUGACAGCCAGGUUGUUGGCCCGAAACGUGACCCUGGGAAAUGGGACCCUGAGCUGGUACAGCCAUCAAGGGAUAGCAGGUGUGCACCUGUCCCCGGGCCUGACCUACGAUGAACACAGGCAGGAGCUGGUGGUGGCGAAGGCUGGACACUAUCAAGUCUGUUUACACCUGGAACUGAGCCACGUGUUGCCGACCUCCAGGGACUCCGGCAAGGUCUCUCUGGCCCUACACCUGGAGCCGCCACAAGCUGAGGCCACCGCCCACCCUCUGGCCGUGGACCUUUCGCCCUACUCCUCACUCCCAGUCCAGGGUUCCCGCUGCCAGCCGCUGCAGAUGGCCGACCUUCAGCGACUCAGUGUCCACCUCAGCGUCUACCUGCCCACCGGGGGCAGCAAGCACCAGGCCUGGCAGCUGGCCCAGCCCGCCACCCAACCCGCCACCAAGUUAGAACUCUUUCGACUGAGUGCCGACGUCCCAGACAGACGCCUGUCCACGUGAUGCCUGGUGUGGGUGCUCCCCACUUGCUGUCCUUCCUUUCUUGAAGCCCCUCGGCUGCGACCUCACGGGCUGGGCAGGGGCCCCUGUGCUGACCGCCCCUUUUCCAGGACUCUCCCCACUACCACGUAUUUAUUCUGAGCCUGAGCUCAGAAAGUGUUCUUUAUAUUGAUAUAUUGUAUUGCCCUUCUAUUUAUUGACCCCUUGCUGUGUUCCAGUCCGGUGCUAGAGAAUCACUGAAAAAACUAGACCCCAAAUAAACAUUUUUAUUUAUGUUAAUGUAUGAGGAACAUA